AUGGUUGCCAUCGGUGUCCGAUCUCUCCUAUGCAUUCUGGGAAUUGCUUCCCUUGGCACAUCUGCCGCCGUCAACACCAAUACCGUCCAAGGCUGGCAGCUGACACAAUAUUGUACCGAGUUCUAUACUGUCAGUAAUGGAGAGACCUGCUGGGACAUCAUCGCGCGGAACCAGAAUAGGUUCACCAUGAGCCAGCUUCUGUGCUGGAACGACGACAUUAACCCCUGGUGCUCGAAUCUGAUUCCAGGCCGACAGGUCUGUGUUGCAGUCGAGCGUCCCGGGCCUGUCUGCUAG